AUGGAUAGAAUAAAAUAUUUGGCAAAUUUGAUAGUUGGGAGAGAGGAUAUUCCAGACAGGAGGGAUAGAAUAGCAUUGUGUGCAGUGGAAUUUACUAAGUGUUCUGACUUCUUUAGUUUAAAGUCUAUAUUCUAUAAACUACUUAUUAGAAAGUUUUUUCCAUUAGAAAAUCAGGUCCAGACCCCAUUAGAAGAAUUUCCAGCUAACCUUAUAGGGUAUUUACCAAUGAAUGCACUAGAAAGAUGUACUGCUCAUAUAUUAAAAAAGUAUCCUCCUCCUGAGGGAAUUGAUUUGGAUACAAUAAUGCCGAUAGUAUCUUCAGAAGAGCUUUGUAAUAUUUUUCAAAGUGAGUGCAAACUAAUAUUACAACCUAGAGGGAUAAAGAGAGAUUCACAAGGUGGAAUUUUGUCAAAUGAAGAUUCAACAACUAACGAGUGGUGGAUAAGAACCUAUGAUUUUCUAUGUAGACAAAAUCAAACUUAUAGACAACGUCUCUCUGUUUUACUACGCUCUGCAAUUAAUAAAUUAGUUAUAUUAGCUGUCUUAGCUACAGAUACAUACUACUUUCACCAAAGAGCUCGCGAACAAAUGAUAACUUUUGUACUUGAACACUUUUUUGGGGGAAAUAAAAUAGUAAUAAUACGUUAUCAUGAUCAUUGUGAAAGAGUUGUAAAUGACCGUGUUAGGCAUCUUAGGGAUACGAUUGUUCGUUCUGAUGAAUCUUCCUCUCCUAGACUAAAUUUAAGUACCUCCAAAAGAAGUACUAAUCAAAAUGAACUAAAUAUUAUUAUCAGCAAAGCUCGGAAAGAAUUUGAAACACAAUUGCAGACUAUUUCAGCUUAUUGGGAACUAAAUAAUUCUAAAUUUGAUAUAAUGCAAGAUAAGGUCACUGAGAAGUUUAAUGAAGGCAAUCAAGAAUUAUCUACUUUAUUUAGCCCAGUAGUUAAUGUACUUGAUAGAGAUUUAAACUCGCUAACUAAUCUUCAAAUUCUGGAUACCUUUACUAAAUUAUCUUAUACAAUUCAUCCUCCUUCUAUAGAGAGAAUGAUUAAUGCUCAGAGUACUUCAUAUAGUAAUAUAGAACUUCUAUCUAUUCUAAUAGAUGAUUUUAAUCCCAUGAAUGAAUUCCCAGAUAAAAAGUCUGAGUUAUUUUUAGAUAAAGUUCAACAAGUUUUACUUUUGAAGGAAUGGAAACGAAAGAUAAAAAGGAGGAAAUCUACUACUAGUAUAGGAAUAUCUGCUCCUUUCAUUUCUUCAGAUAUAACUCCUAGUGAGCCUACUAUUAAUAUCUCAAUAGCUAGUUUGUUUAGCCUUAUUGAUGAUAUUACUUCUGGUCAUAAAAUAGCUCAAGAUUUAUGUGGUGAACUAUUAAAAAAAAUUUAG